CAGCGGUCAGGUCGACGUAAACAAAGCAGCCAGCAACGGCUGCUAACGCUAACUUGAUAAUAUGUCGCGCUGACAUCGCUUAACGUAUUCACGUCGAGACAAAUAUGAACAUUUUGUCAGCAUUUACAACCGUUUGUCAUAUGUUAAAGCGUUCACAGGUGCGCUGAGUCUCAAACGAGUGAAAGAAGACACCGUUUUUUGUCAACCACGUUAGCUUUGGAUAGCCCCAGCCGGAUUUUCGAGUGCGGGGAGUUUUUAUUUUAGUUGUUAAAACUGUUUUUAUUCUCGCUGGGUCACUUGAAUCUGCGGCUAGUGUGAGGUGGAGCCCCCCUGUAGCAGCUGCUGGCGUCAGUAGUGAUGACUGUGUCGCAGAUGCCGGAGCAGAGCCGCUUAGCCGGCUGAGACAUGAGUCCCUGAUCUGGACGGACGGCGAUGUUUAGUCUCAUGGCGAACUGCUGCAACUGGUUAAAGCGCUGGCGAGAGCCCGCCAGGAAAGUGACGCUGUUGAUGGUGGGCCUGGAUAAUGCGGGCAAGACGGCCACAGUGAGAGGAAUCCAAGGAGAGAAUCCGCAAGACGUGGCUCCCACUGUGGGCUUUUCCAAGGUUGACCUGAAGCAGGGCAAGUUCGAGGUGACCAUUUUCGACCUGGGCGGCGGGAAGAGAAUCCGGGGCAUCUGGAAAAACUACUACUCCGAGUCCCACGGCGUUGUGUUCGUGGUGGACUCCAGUGACGUCCAGCGGAUCCAGGAGACGCGGGACACCAUGGCCGAGGUCCUCCAGCACCCGCGCAUCGCAGGGAAACCAGUCCUAGUGCUCGCCAACAAACAAGAUCAGGAGGGAGCGCUGGCUGAAGCCGACAUCAUUGAGAAUCUGUCGUUAGAGAAGCUGGUUAAUGAGAACAAGUGUCUCUGUCAGAUCGAGCCGUGCUCUGCCGUUUUAGGCUACGGAAAAAAGGUGGACAAGUCCAUCAAGAAGGGCCUGAACUGGCUCCUCAACAACAUUGCCAAAGACUAUGAGGCCAUAACUGAGCGUGUGCAGAAGGACACGGCCGAGCAGCGGGCUUUAGAGGAGCAGGAUAAGAAGGAGAGGGCAGAGAGGGUACGGAGGAUACGAGAGGAGAGAGAACGACAGGAGAGAGAGGAGGCAGAACGAGACGGCCGGCAGAUCCAGGAAGAGGGGCCUGAAGAAGAGAACAUUCAAAGUCCUUUCCAGCCGAUAGGAAGCGUGAUUUCUAAGAAUGAAGAAAAAGAGAUGAAAAGGCUAGGAGAGGUGCCGGAGGGCAGGACUAACAGCCCAAAGGAGGGCGUGGAGCAAGAGGAAGAGGAGUACGAGGAGAACAACUGCGACGAGCCGGAUGAUACGAGACAAACGCCAGAAAUCAGCACUUCUGCAGGCGACCAAAGCAAAAAGAAGACAAGUAAGCUUCACUUGAAAAGGAAGCACAGAGUUGACCCACUGAGGACAGAAGAUCGGCCAGCAGAGAGCCCCACCCCUCCUCCUCCUCCAGUUGGAUGGGCCACACCCAAAGUCUCUAGGCUACCUAAACUAGAGCCACUUGGAGACUCCAGACAUUCUGAGUUUUACAAGAAACCUCUCCCGCCACUUGCGAAUAGACCGCGACCUAACGGUGACGCUCAUGACGUGAUUUUAUAAAGCUCCUUUACUGAUUGUGGCCGGCUCUCGACCAAUCACGUCUCUCUCCUGUGCUUUCUGUCUAAAGCGAGUGGGGUGUAGAAAACCAAACUUAACGUGGACGGUCGCGGGUGCAGGAGCCGGUGACCGCGCCCAAGUCUGGAGGAUACGGAGCAGAGUGGCGACGCCGAGUCCUGCUCACAAUAUGUGACCCGAUUUCACAAACUGACACAAUUCAGUGUGAAAUGCUGAACCCAGCAGAACGUCUCACCAGGUUCUGUCUUCACUUGACAAAAGCACUUUUAGUGCCGACCUUAUUUUCUACUCAUAUCAGUAUUAGAACGCUUGGACUCCAUGUGUCCAACUGAAAUGCUUCUAAUUGAUAAGGAAUGUAAAUAAAACCUUACAUAUGUGUGUCUGUUACAGAAAAAUGUAUUUGUUUACACUCUGCUAUUAAAAAUGACCAUAUUUAUAUCAUUUAUUUUUGCACCUUGAGAUUCAUGAGCAUCAUGUGAUCAUGGAUGGGUUUGGACAGAAAGUUGGAACUCUUGAGUUGCUUUUCACAACUGACUGCUUUAAAUUGGACUUUUUGUGUUGUCGGAAACAUUUCCCAUUUUUACAAUUGUUCUCGCAGAUCAAAGAGCUGAAUUUUACACUGUAAAAUAUACAUUCACGGAAGUGUGUCACACUACAUCCUGAUUGUCAAUCGUCACUUUUAUUAAUCAUGUCUGACAUGUAACUGAAACACUGUAAAAAUGCCAUGGCUAUGACAAGAAAUGUACAAACUUUAAAACAUUUGGCAAAGGGGGGAUUUUCGUUCCUCCUGCCACCAGUUCUGUCCCUUCAAUGAACACUUAAUGUCAACAGGGCUACGGUGUUUUUACACUUUCUGCUGUACACUGUGUUUCUGUUUUAAAGUGAUAUUUCUUGACUGUGUCGUAGACACCCAUUUUCGUCUUGAAGCAGCUGAGAACAGCUUUAAAUGCUUGAACAUGAAUGCACAUCUGGAACUUUGGACGCCCCAGUGGCCCAGCCGAGUUUCUGUGUAUGUUGGAAAAGUUUGUAAAAGGAGGGAAGGGAGACGUCACUACACCAGCACCUGGAACAACCAGCACUCACUUUUCUUCUGAGUUUUCCAAUACUUGUGGUUCAGUUUGUGUAGCAAGUGAGAACUUGAAAUAUCACUUUAAAACCACAGUAUUCUAUCCUCUUGAAUCUGUAGUGACAUUCGCUCUCUUGUUAAUGACAUAGAUGUUGAAAAAUAUUUUUUCUACUCUGGUUUUGAAUUUUAUAACAGCAAAAAUAAAGACGAAUAUUAUUGACUGAAUAAGCUCAAUUAUAUGUGUUUCCAGCACUCCAGCAUCACACAUUUACAGCUCGAUGGAAACUCUGUGAAGCUUUUUUUUUGGCUCAAUAGAAACAUUUGGUCCAACACUGAUUAUACACCACGGUCUGUUUGUCAGAAUUGAUGGGUUUUUUUCCGCAUUUCUGGCUCAUACAGUGUAAUUUUAUAAUCAGGUUUUCUAUUAUGAGGAUUGAGCUUGCAUUUGAAAACUCAAACGAUCACUUGUAAGUUCUCUGGGUUGUUUAAAAACAGCAAAAGCAAUGAAGCAUGUGUGUGUGGGUAUAACUGCCAAUAAAAAUGAGUGACUUACCCAAUCUUGACAUUAUUCCAGCAUCAAAGGGCUGGAAAAAAGCUGGGACUAAUGUUUUUGGCUUUUUAGGGAGUUUUAUGCGUACAAUUUAGCAGUGUAACACAUGUUUAAGAAUGGAUAUAUUGAAGGUAAAAGUCUGAAAAGAAACUAACAUUACAUAAAAAACAUCUUACUCAGGAUCUGAGAUGUAUCUAGAACAAUGUGAAGUUGCAACAUUGUGUAAAUGCCACGUGAAGAUCUCGGGAAAACAAGAU